AUGCCGCGCGCCCCCUCGCCUUUGUUCCAGCCCGAGGGCGCUGAUGAGCAAACUCAAGGCGACCUGGGUGGGGGUGACUGGAGCCGGGCUCGCCAGGGCUUCCGACGGCCAGAAGCCACCCGUGGUGCCGAGACUGCAGCUGCCGAGAGUGCACCCCCUUUGCCCUCUGAAGAUGAAUUACUUCUGUCCCCAGCAGCCAAAAUGAAGCUGCACCUAGAAAAGCCGCCUACCCCCACCCACCUCAGCCCAGGCCUGCAGACUCUGGAAAUCUUGCCCGAGAGGAGAAGGGGUGAGAAGCAUCCUGUCCCCAUGCUGUGCCCCCAGCAGCAGCAGAACCCGAGCCCACCGGCGCGCCUCCUGGCCACCCGGCCGUGCUGUGGCCCCGGUCCCGAGCGGCGCCCGGUCCUGGGCGAGGCGCCGCGCUUCCACGCGCAGGCUAAAGGCAAGAACGUGCGGCUGGACGGCCACUCGCGCCGGGCCACGCGGCGCAACAGCUUCUGCAACGGCGUCACGUUCACGCAGAGGCCCAUCCGGCUGUACGAGCAGGUGCGGCUGCGCCUGGUGGCCGUGCGCCCGGGCUGGAGCGGCGCGCUGCGCUUCGGCUUCACUGCGCACGAUCCGUCGCUCAUGAGCGCCCAGGACAUCCCCAAGUACGCCUGCCCCGACCUGGUCACGCGGCCCGGCUACUGGGCCAAGGCACUGCCCGAGAACCUGGCGCUGCGCGACACGGUGCUGGCCUACUGGGCGGACCGCCACGGCCGCGUGUUCUACAGCGUGAACGACGGCGAGCCGGUGCUCUUCCACUGCGGCGUGGCCGUGGGCGGCCCGCUCUGGGCGCUCAUUGACGUCUACGGCAUCACCGACGAGGUGCAGCUUCUGGGUACCCUGCAGUCCAGCCCUGCGACCACGACUCCAUCAGGGUCCCUCAGCGGCUCCCAGGACGAUAGUGAUUCAGAUAUGACCUUCAGUGUCAACCAGUCCUCCUCAGCAUCUGAGUCAUCCCUGGUGACGGCCCCCAGCUCCCCGCUGAGCCCCCCGGUGUCUCCCGUGUUCCCACCGGAGCCGGCAGGCAUCAAGAAUGGCGAGUGCACGGUGUGCUUCGAUGGCGAGGUGGACACGGUCAUCUACACGUGUGGACACAUGUGCCUGUGCCACAGCUGCGGCCUGCGGCUCAAGCGGCAGGCCCGGGCCUGCUGCCCCAUCUGCCGGCGGCCCAUCAAGGACGUCAUUAAGAUCUACAGGCCAUAGCCUAACCUGCCCACGGGCCUUGGCCAGAGCAAGGUCACCUUUCUGAAGCCCCCCUGGGCUGGGCAACCACGAGGCUGCCAGGGAGUCCACGGGCAGCGGCCGUCUCUCCAGUGGUGGGCAAGGCGUGACAGUCGUGUCGCGAGGCCCCCGGGGCCUCAGCCCAGGCAGGGGUUGCUUCCGGCUCCAAAGUGCUUUGCCCCCAAAAGGCCGUCCGAGAGCAAGCUCAGGAACUGCCUGGCAGAUCACCCUGUCCCUUGGUGACCUUUCAACUGGGAAACAGCGUCCUCUGUCUGUGCAAUGCUUCUUGCUGGGGUUGGGUUGAGUGUGAGAGAGGGGGAGGGGAGGGAGGGGAGGGAGAACAGAGAGAAUGUGUGUGUGAGAGAGAGAAUGAACGUGUAGCGAUUUUACCAGGGGUCCCGGCUCUGGGAGGGAGCGUGCAAUCCGGAGCCCCGAUGUUGGCAUGACUAGAAGUUGUUUGCUUUCUGGGGAUGGGACGUAGCUGGUUUUGAAUGUACGAAGCCUGACCCUAACAGAACUCCCUGGGGUGGUGUAGAAAAGAGAUGCUCAGAUUCUCUAAGGGGAGGCAAAAAUAACUCAUUGUUUACAGCUCCAAAGCGUCAACUCCUUGAGGGGAAGGUGGGCAGAGAACAGAACAAUUCACUUCUUCAUUUCUUACUGGGUCUUAGAGCUAGGUGUGAUGGGCACCGAGGCCAAGCCCUCUGGGUUGUGUCAUCUUUUCACCCCUUCACCCCCAGACCGUCUAAUAAUAGACACAUCAUACCUUGUCUCUGUCUCUAGAGGCAAGUCUCUGUAAUGCUCCUCCCCGUCUCCAAGGAGAAGACCAGCCGAGGGUCUGUUUCUGUGGGAGAGAGAGAAUCCUAGAGGCAGGUGAUGCAGCUAGAGCUGGAAAGGCCACUCCACCACGCAGACAGCUCUCUACCUUCCUGCGGUGGCCCCUGGGCUUGGCGUUCCCAGGGGACCUGCUGGCAGGAGGAGGAACGAGGGCUUUAUAACUUUGGUUACAACUUUUGGUCCUUGUUCUGAUUCUCAGUGUAUCUUCCUCCGCUGGUUACGAAAGUGUUCACUGAUCAGUAUGUUAACUAAUGAUCGAGACAGUAACUACAAAUGCUGGCAUUGGGAUUCUCUCCCUUCCCAGACCUACCUGCUGGGAUUUCCUGGGACCCUGGCCCUGACCCACCCCUCAUGCCUGCCCAUCUCUGCAGACUCGCAGAUCAUACCUGGGCUGAGGGGCUGGCCCAGGCCUGUCCCUCCCUUCUUGCCCCCAGUUCUGGCCACCUCUGCCCUCUUCUGUGAUGUCCCAUUAGGGAAGUCCCUUGGCCUGUCUAUUUUUCAGUCCCCAGUUAGAAGUCUAGAACCUGACAACUCCAAGAGUUCUUGGGAGGACCAGCACAAUGUUCUGAAAAGCCUGAGACGGCUUGCAAAAAGCAAGUACCAUUUGUAUUACAAUUCCUAAUCUGUUCAUGUCCUGCUGAAGGAGGGAAGGAGGGACAGGGGAGUUAAUGCAUUCAUAUAAUAAACACUUGCUGGGUGUCUGGGUGCCCAGAGCGAAGCUGGGCCCAGCCCUCACCAGAUCCAGCCCCAUAGACCAGCUGGUGCCCAUGGAUACUGGCGGGUUCAGGGCCUCCUGUUCCUCCUCUAGCUGGGAGUGGUCACGGUUGUCUGACCUGAUUCUAACUUAAGGCCCCCACUCUCUUGCCCCCUCAAGAAUCCCUGAUUAUUUACUUUUCCCUAGAAAAUCUGGGGAAAUUCCCACAUUUUAAUUUGGCAGCAGAAUCUUUUGAGCAGCUUUUGGAACCGCAGUGUUUGCCAAAAUAAGAGUUUGAGAAUCCAGGCAGCCCUGGGUGCCUGGCUGAAUUCAGUUUCCCGCAUGUGCUGGGUGUGGGCGGGGCCAUGCACAGGCCCUGCAUGGGAGGACUCCUCACCCCAGGCCUGUGGUGCUCCAGGCAACCGUCUUCUGACUACUAUGAGACCCAGUCACAAGCUGUGGGGUCUCAGUGGCCUGGGGGAAAGCAGCUCCACUCUCCUGCCCUUCCUCGCUGCCCCUUUGGGUUCCAGCCAGGGUCACGUCCAGCCUCCACUGGGAAACCAGUGACUGAGGCCUGGACCCAGGGAUGGACCAGGCAUUUCCUGGCGACCUGUGACCUUGGGAAGAAGGGAGUAGUGGCCCAUUCAACCUGCUCUGCAGCUGCUAUAAAUAGCCUCCCUGUUUCCAAGAGGAGGUAAGGGGGUGUUUAUCUUCUAAAAACCAGACGUUUCCUGAUGCUCUGAGCGUUAGUGCUACAGAGGAGACGCACACAUCCCCACUAUGUUCUGUCUUGAGAAGGAGACAAGAGAAAGAGGAAAAGGAGCCACUAUAUUUUAUUUUGCACCUACAGUGUGCCUUGGCACUGGGCUAGAGAGGCGCCUUCCUGCGUGAAUCCUGUGAGGCAGGUCUUAUUGCCAUAAUAAGUCACAUCUAAGACGCUGCCGGUCAUAAAACACACUGUUUUACAUACCAUAAGGAAAAAACGCCGCCAAUCUUAACUAAGAUGCUAAAACUGUACAGCUCCUUCCAAUCAGAGAUGUUCACGUGUGAAGAAGAAAAAAUUGUGCUACUUACACUCUAUGAAAGCUGGUAUUAUCCCACGUGGCAGGUAAGGAAACUGAGGUCCUGUGAGUGAAACGACCUCAUGAUCACACAACAGGAGAUGGCAGGGCUGGGAUUCAAACCCAGGAGUGUCUGGUGCCACAUCCCACACUCCCACUGCCUGGCUCCAAGUCCCAGGAAGCUCGAGACUGAGUUUUCUCCCUUGAAACCCACUUGGAGAAAGUCCGGGCACCUGUGCCUAUGUGGAGGUUCCAGCCCCAGCCAGGGCCCCUCCGCUGCCCACACCCUGGGAGGGAAAGCGGCCUCCCUUCCAGGCUCGUCUGCUCACUGCCCACCUUCUGGCAGAGCCGAGCUCUGUGAGAUCUGGACUCCAACCCAAGGGCCCUCUCUCGUUAUGCAGGGGUGUCCACAGUUGGGGAGGGACCUGGGGCCCUGUUCUACCACCUUCCUAGGCCCUGUGAUCGCCACCCCCUCCAGCGAGGCCCCAGCCCCUUGAGCACCCCCUCACGUGACCCAGCCCUUGGCUGUUCCAGGCUCACUGCCCAUCGUGUGCUCUUCUGGGCCACAGCAGCCGGGGCUCCAGGGCUGGGACAGGGGAGACCUGAAAACACCCCAUUGUCAAUGGUCUUGUGCGCGUUCAUUCGGAGCCUCCUGAAAAACUGGGCUGUUUCCAAGGCAAAUCUGGCUCCUUGUCCUAGCAGGUUCUCAGAACGGGGAGUCCCCUGGGAUGGAGCUGGUCCCCUCACCGCAGCACCACGUUUUCAGUCCCUUGAUGCCCACUAAUCAGCAUGGCCUGUGUUCAGGACACAGGGUGAACUUUUCUCUGACCCCCUGGUGCUGGUCCUGUCCUAACACAUAGUAGGUACUCAGUAAAGGUUUGCUGAGUCAACCAGAAACCAGAUUCUGAGUGCUCAGGGCUUUGGUAAAACAGCACCACAUACACACACAAAGAUACUCCGCAAACAUUUGCUGAGCACCUAAUAUGUGUGACGUGUGUGAGGAUAGAGCAGAGAGGACUGUGCCCCAGCUGUGAUGCCAGCAGGGGUGACACUAAGAGGAGAGUGGGGUAUUUGGGGCAGAAUCCACUGGGCUCUCUUGGGCAUCUGCUGCCUUGGGUCCGUGGAGGUGGGUGUCCAAAGGCUGCCUUCUUGAUCAGAACCUGCUGCACGCUUCACAGAACCUUCUCUGCACUGGAAAUGCUGGGCACGUUGCAGUCAGCGAGCUGCUGCCAAAACGGCGUUAAGCAGAGCCCCCGGAGGCCCUGCGGGUUGGUGAUCACCCUCAGGUCCUGCUAGGGAGACGCAGUGGGGAAGUUGGCUAAUUGCUGCUUUCAGGCCCUGGAAAUCAGUCGCCAAGGCCCAGGAGAACCCCAGUGAGUCCGUCCAGUUGAGGCAGAGAGGCAAUAACCUCCCACUGCUCGGCCCUGCCCCUGCCCCAGUCCUGGCACGGGGCACCGGCUCAGGAACAUGCGGCCUCCUGGCAUUUCUUGGUAUUUAACUGUCUCGCUGUCUUAUCCGAGUCCCUAAUGAAACGACUUGUGCGACAAUCUGUCUGUGCCUUACGAAAGUGUCUGUGCACUUUUUAUCCUUUUUAAAAGCAACUUUUAAAAGUGGAUGGGGAUGGGGGGGCUGGCAUACGUGGUAGGGUUCUAGAAAUCUGUGAUCAUCGCUGAAAUUCUUUUUGCAUCCUGUUUUUGAUGUUGGAGUGAUGAAGUGUACAUCCCCCACCCCACAUACCACUACCUGUGUACAGACCUUUUAAAACAUGUCUUCUGAUUCAAUACUGUGACCUCUCCAAUACAGUCUAAUCCUUGGGGAUCUGUAAUCAAAGUUUUAAAACCUGGGAAGUGGGUUGGGAAGGGUUUGCACUGGUCUUGCGUGUUGUGCUUUUCUGUGUUGUGUGUUUUGAUUUUUGUCUGUUUUUAUCUGUUUUAUAUUGACAUAAUUUUCCUGUUUAAAAAAAAUACAACUUUGGCUUGUUAAAAAAAAAAAAAAAAA